AUGGCUCCGAAGAAGAGUAAGAAGGUCCGAAAUGAAUCUUUCAUCCUCGAAGAUGAGUUCGGGAAAUACUUUUCCUUAGAACUCGAUGACAGGAAACUAGCUCUGAUGAAAGGCGGCUGCGGUAUCCCUCGACAAGUUAAACUGAUAGCUCCGGAGCCCAGAGAGUCUCCUGAAUCUCCUCCUACCGAUCACUGUUGCGCCUUCGAAAUAUUCUUUUCGGAGUGCGGCCUUUCCUUUCCUUUACCGGAGCUUCUGAUAGAACUUAUGCAUGAACUGGGGAUCGCUUUGCCUCAGCUUUGCCCGAACGUAGUUCGGAUAGUACUAUGCCUCCAGACUCUUGCAGAGGAGAAUGGAUACCGGAUUACGCUAUCCGACAUUUUUCAUCUCUACACAAUGAAGAAGGGGCGAACCCCGGGAACCUUCUUCCUUUGCCCGAGGAGUCAUUUCAGGGUCUUCGGAGACUUUCCUGAAAAAGAUGAGAAGUGGAGGAAAUCGUAUUUCUUCUUUCCUGUUGACGAGUUCACCUAUGGUCCAAAUGCAGGAUUUUUUGUUCGGGACUGGACACGUCGUCCUGUUAAACUUCCGAAGACACCGGUCUCCCAUACCUUUGCAGAACAGUUCAUCAGGAUUUGCAAUCAAAGUGACCUCGCGUGGGAACUCUUUACUUGUGAACAAAUUCGGAACUCGUGCUUUCGUGUCCGCAGUCGCUCCGACCUUAUUACCUCUUCUCCACCUCACACUUCUCCCAUCAUCGAUAGAAACAUGUCUCCAGUCUCCUACCGCGAAGAGAAGAGGCUCCAAAAAGAGAGGGAAAAGGUUAGGGAGGCAAGAGAAAAGGAAGAUAAGGCUAGAAUGGCGAAGGCCCUGGAAGAGGGAAAGUCAAGAUCCGCAACUGGGAAAGGAAGGGCUUUCGGCUCUGUUAUGCCGGCAUCUGAAUCGAAGACUUCUGAUCGUCGAGAUCAAGUGAAGGAGUCUGCUGGUAAAGAGAUAGUCCAAGUUUUGGAAUCCCGUUCCUCCCGAUCAUCUCGGGAAAAAGAGUAUUCUGACGGAGGACCAACUGCAACUUCCUCGAGGAAACGCAAGAGCGAGGACUCAGAUGUUCUUCCUCUACAUCGCAAAAGUCGUUCUCACACGAAUGUCGAUGUGAAUCCUUCCGAAGAUGCCGGGACUACUAGCCAAGGAGCUAAUGACACUUCUCAGGGGACUCCGCUGUCCGAACCUCCCGUUCAAGUCAUGGUCUUGCCUUCGCGAGACUCAGAGAAUCGGGAAUCUGGUCAUCAAGAAAUCCCUAUUCCAAUAGCCCCUCCGAAGUCUCCAGCUGAUUUCAUGAGGAACUUCACUCCGGCUGGGAUGAGGAUCCCGGCCUUCAGCGAGCUAAAAGAAGUCAACAGGGCGAAUUACUUUCGCUUCGCCGACAAACUUGGAGAGAUUAUGCUCGAAUACAACACCACCUUUUCUUGUCACGAGAGCCAGCUCUUCCCCGUGAACGAGCUUGACAGCCUUAGGACUCGAGUUGCUGAACUCGAAGAGGAGAUCCGUCAAAUGAAAGAGAUGGAGGAAGGGAAUGCUAAAGCUGUGGCGAAGGCCAACGAUAUCCGGGAACAGAUGUUGAGUGCCGAAGCUCGCUGUAACCAUCUUGAUGUAGUUAACACGGAUCUGUCGGUGAAACUAAAGACCGGAAAGAACAUGUACCUUGAGGUUUCUGCGGAAAAACGGGACGAGGAGCUCGCAGCAGCAAGGAAGGAUGAGCGAAAGAAACUCCGAGAACACUACAGUGGCUUGAUCUCAAAGCAUGAGAUCUACCUGAAAGCCCUGAGUGAGAAUGAGUCAAUAAGCAACCGAGCUGCGGAGACUAGAGCAAAUCGGGAGCUUCUUGAGGAGCUUAAGAGAGGCGAAAUCCCGGAUAUUGAUGCCGAGCUGGAGUCUGUGAAGAAGGAUGAAGCGGAUGCGGAGGCCAAAGUUAACAAGAUAAACGCUCUCAAGCCUCGUCCUGAUGAGUUUGCUCAUCUCUUUGUUGCCACUCCUCCCAAGUCGGCACCUGAAGGUCCAUAUACCGAGGAGGAACUUGUAAUCAAUGAGUUCGGUUCCAAAAAAAGUCUCAUGUCCGAGCUCAAAACAGUCCAGGGGUCGGAGGAAAAGCGACAGCAGGAUCCCGAAGCCUAA